AGUUCCCACGAGACUAACCCCGAUUAAGGAGGAGGAAACGAGCGUGUGGUUGUUUGUUUAGGUUUUCGCAGACAAAAUGGGGACUCUUCAUUCCUUUGUCUGUAUUUUGGGACUGUUCGUCCUGCUCGCGUGCGCUUUAGCAUCUUCCGAUGUGUUUGACAGCGUUUUGGGAAACACGGCGUCUUGUCACAAGUCAUGUGAAAUGACAUACAGUUUGCAUACGUAUCCACGGGAGGAGGAACUCUAUGCCUGUCAGAGAGGCUGCCGUCUGUUUUCUAUCUGCCAGUUUGUUCGUGACAGCGAUGAUCUGAAUCAGACCAAAUCCGAGUGUGAAUCAACCUGUCAUGAAGCCUACACCCAGUCAGAUGAGCAAUAUGCUUGCAACCUGGGCUGUCAGAAUCAGCUUCCAUUUGCUGAACAACGGCAUGAACAGUUGGAGGCCAUGAUGCCCAGGAUUCACCUGCUGUACCCCCUGACUCUGGUCAGAGGGUUUUGGGAAGACGUGAUGAGUCAGGCCCACAGCUUCAUCACCUCCACGUGGACUUUCUACCUCCAGGCUGAUGAUGGCAAAGUUGUCAUUUUCCAGACUGAACCUCAAGUCAAGUUUUUCUCCCAGUUUGAACUGGAAAAAGAAGUUAAAGAGGAGCCACAGAAGAAUUUCCCCGGGUUGAGCAGCCCAGUUUACAAAGAAUACCACCGCACUUUAAUCCAGGAGAGAGACAGAGAUAUGACUGGAGACCGCAGCUAUGAUGAUGACUACAACCUCUUCAGCUGUCUCUCAAGGAACCCUUGGCUGCCAGGGUGGAUUCUAACCACAACUCUGAUCCUGUCUGUGUUGGUUCUGAUCUGGAUCUGUUGUGCCACAGUGGCAACUGCUGUAGACCAGUAUGUACCUGCUGAGAAAUUGAGUAUCUAUGGUGACAGAGACUACAUUAAGGAACAGAAACUCACUCCAUAUCCAGCCUCCUCCCUGCUAAUCAUCACCUCCAAAGGGCCAGAGGAAGAAGCCGGGCCACUCCCUUCCAAAGUGGAUCUGGGCCAGUCCGACAUCUAGAAGCCAAAGCUGUAGCAGAGAAGGGACGACGUCCUUGAUGAAUAAUGAGUUGAUUUUUUUUCCUGUGGCACAAGACCUGCGCUUCUUGUGGUCUAAUCAGGAAUAAGUACUUGCAGAACAUUUUGUAUUACUGAUAUAAUGUCUCGUCUCCCUUUUGAAGCUUUUAAAAUUGGAGUGAUUAAAAGUUGUUGUUUUUUUUUCUGUAUAUUGGUAUAAUUGAGGCAUUAUAGCAUAGUGAUGGCAGUACAAGUCAAAUAGGUUUGGGGCUUUUUCUCCAAUUUUGAUUUGUGCGUAAGCUAUCUGUUGGUGUGCUUAUUUUAUUGAAUAAUGUUUAAAACUAACUAUUUGUGACUUGAAGUAAUAAAGGUCUCACCCACCUCGACUUUUGGUAAAAUGGAUUGUGCUAAUGCAGAUUCUCCCUGUCUGUUCUUGUGUUUCUACUGCAGUGAUUUCCAGAUAAUAAUGAAUUUUACAAUAAAAUUCUACGCUCUUAAUUUUAAUGAAUAGUGACAGUGCAUAGGUGUUCCUGCUUCACUAUUAUUUGUUCUCCUCACGGUGGAUCAGAAAUAAAUACAAUGGAGUGAAA